GCCACCCCCAACUUUCCCACCUCAUAAACACAGGAAUCCUCUUUUGAUCCCCUCUUGCAUCGUCGCGUCGCACGAUUCCAUGGCCGACGAUUGACACGUAACCGACGUUGAGAGGAGCCACACGGAGAAGCGCCCGCGCCGCUCGCACAAACACCCUCGUCUGCGGCGUUCAUCGGAUCUUUGACUCUCGGUCACCCGCCGACCGGACCGGGCUCUGUCCGGGACGCCGCCGCCACCGCUGCCGUCAGCCUGUUGCUGAGCGCCGAUCACUCGAGCCGGUAUGGAUCUGACUACACCGGCGCCGGCUUCGGGAUCGCAGCCCCCCGAUGGCUCUGACGGCGAUAUUCCGUCCUGCCAGGGCUGUAGGCGCCGCAAGCUGCGGUGUUCCCGCGACCAGCCGAUAUGUUCGCACUGCAAGCGGUUGGACUCGCCAUGCGUGUACGAUCUGAAGAAGAAUAAGCCGGGUAUCAAGCCUGGGGCGGUUGAGAGUCUGAAUCGCCGAGUGGAGGUUUUGGAGAAUGCUCUAUUGCAAAAGUCCAGUGAAGGAUCCUACCCGACCUCAAAUGGCAACGGCAACACAGAGUCGCACAGCGCGCCUGCCGAGUCCCAGAAUGUGGUCGGAAUUCUCUCCUUGUUGGCGCGUGAGCUUCACAAACUCAAUUCGAAGACCAAAGCUGGCUCUCAAGCCGGCACACCUGAAGGGGUGGCUGAGCAUCCCGUGUUCUCUCCAACAACGUCUAGUUCCUCCAGGCGAAAUACUAUCGACGGAAUUGAAAUUGUCUCACAUCCUCAUAAUCAACCAAGAAAGCGUCGUAGGGUCGAUAGCUGCGGCAACCCCAACAUCGAUCUGGCUUUCCCCUUGGAAGACUUGGAAAACAUCACGACAAGCCUGCCAUCGCCCGAACUCUUGGAGGACAUAAUCAACAUUCAUUUCAACAUCAUUCAGCCCUGGAUCCCCAUCCUUCACGAGACCCAAUUUCGAAGAAGGGUGCAUGACCCAGAACAGCUGCCCCGCUUGGUGGUCGUUCUCCAUGCCAUGGUAGUGGCAGCUCUUCGUUUCGUCGACAACUCGGAAAUCCGACUGUCAGCAAUCGAGGUAGAGCGCCGGACAUCACGGUCAAGAAACAUCGUCAUACUCAACGCAAUGGACCACCUCUCGGUCGAGAAUCUGCAAGCGCUGGUCAUUCUAGCCUUCAAUGAUAUCGGAAACGGAGAUGCGUCGAAAGCUUGGUCGAUCGUCGGCUCUCUUACAAGAACCGUCGAGUACCUUCAAAUGAGCAUCGAAGCUGAUCACCAAGAUAAAGAACCUCUUCUGAAGCCAUUGCCGUCAAUACCACCACCCCAGAACUGGACCGAAGAAGAAGAACGGCGGCGAGUCUUUUGGAAUAUCUUCAACCUUGAUAGAUUUUGCUCAGUUACGACAGGAUGGAACACAAGUCUGACAUCCGACGAUGUUUACCGCCGACUUCCUGCCGACGGUGGCCUUUGGCAUAAAGAAGAGUCGGUCAUCACUCCCUUCUUUGGUAUUUGGGAUCGAUCAGCCGCCAAGAUGGGCAACUCCAUCGCCUUCUUACCAGCACAUUACCCCAGCCCGGAGCAGACGGCUGAUGCGCCACCGCAAACUCCUAUCACCGCCCAUCCUCGCAAAGGUCCCAACACCGUCGAUAUGACAACAGUUGGGGCCUUUGCAUACUGCAUAGAAGCGACCGAGUCGCUUAGUAGAGUCACGACUUACUUCCUUCAACAGAAGAUCAACUUCCAGGAUAGACAGGAAGUUAGCAGCUGGCUCACCCGAUUCAAGGAGUUGGACCUACGUCUAGUGCACUGGAAGAUGUUCCUGCCUCAGAAGUGGAAAGACUCCAACAUCUCUCGCCAACCCGCUCUCAUCAACAUGGACCCCAACCUUACCCUCGCACACAUCACCCACAACACCUCAAUGAUUCUACUCCACCAACGCAUAGCUUAUCCAGAGCCUCGAUGGUCUAAUAUCGUAAAGCUCCCUAGCUUCUGUAGCGCCGAAACGUGCCAAGAAGCGGCUGUCGAGACGACAACCAUCACGGAGAAGUACUUGAAGUACACUCCCGAAAACAGCCCAGCUACCAGCCAGUUCGCCUUUUGCGUCUUCAUCAGCGCUCGAGUACUCCUCGUCCACUGGCGAUACUACGACGCUGAGCUUGCUCCAGAAUUCUGGACCCUGGUUGAGAGCAUGGAGGAGAUGGCCAAGCGCUGGGUCGGGCCCAUCCUCAAAGAAAAGCACUCUCAGUGUCUCGCUGGGAAAUAUGCUGCGCAACUCCGCGACCUCCAUCACAAGUGCCAAGCAGAUCCUCAGUUCACUGUUGAUGUCUUGGGAUACUCCUCCGGCAUCGGUGGACAGGGGUGCAGUCCUGCUGCUCAAACGCCGGCAUUCAGCCACCAGCAGGGCAAUGCUUUGUUCGCCCAGAGCUCCAACAGGGUAGCACCGCCUGCUUCAAGUCCGUUGGCGCCGAACCAGACGACCGCACUAUCGCAGCCUCGGCCGCCGCCCCUCUUCCAGAAUCAACAGUCGCAGGGCCAGAUGCGGCAGGGGUCGAUGCUGGGCCCUAUGGGAUCGCCUAUGCCGAUGACGGGGUUCACUCCAAGAGAUUCGGAUGCGCCUGAUGAACUCUCUGCCAUCUCGCACAUGCUGAUGGAUCAGAGAUUCAUGGAGAUGGACAGGAUCAUCAGCUUCGAUGACAUGAUGUUUACAGCGCAAACGGCGAACAGCGGUAAUGCGUCCAUGCCAGUCAACGGCUGGGGACCUGUUGAUAAUUCACAGCUGGAAUGAGAAAGAAGUGAAGGAGUUCGCAUGCGAAAAACGAUUUCAUAUUCUAUUCGUGAUACCCUCAUUUAGCCUGUACAUACACAAAGUACUAUAAAUUACACCAAUCCCAUCUUCAGUAGUCUGUUGCCGAAUUCGAUCAAGUAGUAGUCACCGUAAACCAAAC